AUCUUCAUCUUCAUAAACUCAUCCCAACCCAACCCAACCGACCCAGUGGAAUAUGGAUGUUGUUACUCAAAGAAACUCCUCUUCCUCCGUUUCCAUGUUGAAUCCCAACGCUCCUUUGUUCGUUCCCAUGGCCUAUAGAACGGUGGAGGAUUUCUCCGACCAGUGGUGGGAGCUCAUCCAGUCCUCCCCCUGGUUCCGUGAGUACUGGCUUCAAGAACGCUUUCAAGAUCCUCAAAAUGAACUUUCUUUUGGUGAAAAUGAAGAAUUCAUCCUUCCGGAUCUUGAAAGUUUCUUCGACGACUUCACUCGUCAACAGGAAGAGGAAGAAUUGGAAUUCUCGAAGGAUUUAGUUCCAAUGGGUGCUUUCAAAUGGCAGAAGGCUCGGUCUGGAGCGGAGGUUCCUAAGUAUGCUCAAAAGGCUCCCAAGAUUGUGAACGUGAAAGUGACCGAGAACGAUUCACCACCGAGAUAGAUUUCACGCGCUCAAUCGAGUACGUUUCUUCAUCAGAACUCCAGAAACAGUUUGAAUUGUUGUUGAUCUAGGGUUUUUCAUUUCCUUUUUUUUUUUUUUUUAAUGUACAGAGUCUAGAACUUGAUCUGUUACAAAUUAACUCUGAUGAAUCUGUGUUUAGUUCUUGUAAAUUUGAACCAAGUCUUUACUUUCGAUUAUGAUAAAAUAAAAAAGAGUUUCAAAAUUCUCAACAAA